AUGGGUUUCACCUCGAAUGAUCCAUAUGCUGAUUUAAACGAGUAUUGGGCUGGACUGGAUUAUGGACAAUUAACAAAUGAAGGCAAACGACAACAUUACGCUUUAGGCCAAUUCUCGAGAAAAAGAUAUUCGAAUUGGUUACCGGCGACAUACAGCAGCAAAGACAUCUACGCUCAAACAACCGACGUAGAUAGAACUCACAUGUCAGCACAAGCCAAUUUGUAUGGUCUAUACACCGCCAUCGGCAAUCAAGUAUGGCGCAAAAGCGUAAACUGGCAACCCAUACCUCUGCAUCCUGCCAACCGGAAAGUCUUCAGAACUUUACCCACAGACUGCUCGAAGUACACCGCUCUCAAGCAGGAAGUCGAUUCCAACGAGGAAUACACCAACAUCGACAAAACCUACGCCGAUCUGUACCGGUACAUUUCGCAAAACACCAACACGCCCAACGUCACGCUGGACGUCAUUUAUACACUGUGGGACUCUCUUCUCAUCGAAGACCAAGUCGGGUACGCUCUACCGUCCUGGACCUCUUCGCUCUAUCCGGAACCGAUUCAAACACUAGCGGCGAAAUGCGGUCACGACAGCAACGCCUUCGCCAUAUUAUCAACGGUGGGGCACAAGCCGACGGUGCCGGUCCCUUUCGCAGUGUCCCUGUGGUUCGAAUUGAGGCGAGCGGACUCGGACCACGUGGUGAAUUUGUGGAUGAAAAGCGGCGAUCAAUUCACCCAGUUGAGCAUCAACGGGUGCGCCUUGGAUUGCCCGCUGAGCGAGGUGAAGAAGCUGCUGAGCGACGUCACGAUUGAUGAAGAAACUUACGAUAGCAUAUGCAAGAGUGAUUGA